CUUAUAUCAACCCUUAAUUGAUCAAAAGAUUUGAUGAUUUGUUCAAGAUGGUAACAGAAGCUGAUGUACAUAAGAGGAUUUCUGAAAAGCUCAGUCCUGUGCAUUUGGAAGUGGUAGACGAGUCCGAUGGUUGUGGAGCCAAGUUUUUGAUCACGGUAGUAUCAGAUGCUUUCAAUGGUAAAAGAGUUCUGGAAUGUCACAGACUUGUCCAAGAUGCCAUUGCUGACGUUAUGCCGGAAAUCCAUGCAGUCACUAUCAACGCCUAUACACAAAGUAAAUGGGAAAGCUCACAAAAGGUUGCAGUCUGACAUUAUUGGUCAUUUACUAUCGUUUUUUAGAAUGUAUGCGCCAUUGAUAUCGCUUUACUUGUUUAUUGUUAUGUUUGUGCAUCCUCCAUUCACAUCAUUUUCGAUAAUAAAUAUAAGAACAGCU